AUGGAGUUCGCCACGGGGGCGAUGAGCUCUCUCCUCCCCAAGCUGGGGGAGCUUCUCAAGGAGGAGUACAAGCUGAAGGAGAGUGUGAAGAAGGGGAUAGAAGAACUCGAGGCUGAGCUUGAGAGCAUGCAAGCAGCCCUUGUCAAGGUGUCCAGCGUGCCGCUGGAUCAACUCGACCGGCAGGUCAAAAUUUGGGCUAAUGAGGUCAGGGAGUUGUCCUACGCCAUCGAGGACAGCCUUGACUCCUUCGUGACGCGUGUUGAGGGUGUUGAGCCAACCAAGACCAAAAUCAAGCACUUAUUGAAGACGGCCCGCGGUGAGCUCACCAAGUUCAAGGCACGGCAUGAAAUGGCCAAUGACAUCAAAAAUAUCGAGAGCCAAGUUAGGAAGAUCAAGGAACGGCGCGACAAGUACAAGAUCGAUGAUGUUGUUGGUAAUCUUGCAACAACUACAGUUGAUCCUCGUCUCUCAUCUCUAUACAACAAGGUAUCUGACCUUGUUGGUAUUGAUAAGGCGAUUGAUGAGCUAGUGAAGGUCUUGUCCGAUGGGGUUGAGAUGUUUGAAAAUAAUCUCAAGAUAGUCUCCAUUGUUGGAUUUGGAGGAUUGGGAAAGACAACUCUUGCAAAAGCAUUGUAUGACAAGCUUAGCAAAACAUAUCAGUGUCAAGGUUUUGUUCCAGUGGGUCAGAAUCCAAACACGAAGAAAGUUCUCAGGGACAUCCUGCUUGAACUUAACACCGAGCUAUACAGAGACGCAGCCACAAUGGAUGAAAGGAAGUUGAUCAACCAGCUGCAAAAGGUCCUUGCAGGCAAAAGGUACUUUAUUGUUAUUGAUGACAUCUGGGAUACACAAACAUGGGAAACAAUUAAGUGUGCUUUCGUGGAUAGUCAUCCGAAAAGUAGAUUAAUCAUAACUACCCGUAUUGUUGAUGUUGCCACGAAAGCUGUGGUAUCUACCACAUGCAACCACUUUCUGAAGAUUACUCCAAAAUGUUAUUCUAUACAAGAACAUCUGGUAGUGAAGGACCUGCUGAAGUGA